GUACAUUAUUUUGGGAAUAUGGCGGAGGCCGAGGAAGAGCCAACGCUCAACACUGAGCAAACUGAAAAAUUAUUGCAAUUCCAGGAUCUCACUGGGAUUGAGGAUAUGGUGAGAUGUCGCAACAUUUUGGAUCAGCAUGACUGGAAUAUUGAGACUGCUGUUCAAGACACAUUGAAUGUAUCUGAAGGUCGACCAACGGUCUACAAUAGGACCAUACAGGCAAGCCAGCAAACGGUACGCACACCGGAGGUCAAUAUGAACCCAUCAGAUCAAAGGAUAUUCACAGUUGCAAGGCCUUCUUCCUCCUGGUUCCAGUGGAGUUACAUGAUGAUCCUCUUCCCCUUCCGCUUUUUCUAUUCCACAAUUUUCGAUGUAGUUCGGUGGACACUGAGGUUGAUUUGGCCCGACCCCAGGCGUAUUGUUACGGAUCCACGCGGAGACGUCUUAUCGUUCAUUGCGUCGUACGAGGAGAGAUACGGAGCAGCUCAUCCAGAAUUCUACAGGGGAAGUUAUAGUGAGGCAUUAAGUGACGCCAAGAGAGACCUCAAGUUUUUAUUAGUAUAUCUCCAUGGCAACGAUCAUCAAGACACUGAUCAGUUUUGUAGAGAUACCUUAGGUAACGCUGAAGUCAUAGAGUUUAUCAAUGCUAGUCUUAUAUUUUGGGCUGCGUCUGUCAACUCUCCUGAAGGGUAUAGAGUAUCAUUAGCACUUCGAGAGAACACCUACCUCCUAGCCCUCAUCGUCCUACGGGACAACAAGAUGACGGUGGUGCUGAGGAUAGAGGGCGCCGUCAGUGGUGAAUCGUUGAUAGAACGGGUCCAACGAACGAUGAGCGAGACGGAGGGUUAUUUGGUGGCCAUGAGGAUGGAGCGGCAGGAACGAAACCUUGCCAACACACUGAGACAGGAGCAAGAUGAAGCCUACCGGGAAUCCCUCCGACAAGAUCAAGAAAAGGCGAGGAAGAAGAGGGAAGAGGAAGAGGAGAAGAGCAAGCUAGAGCAAGAGGAAAGAGAACUGGAGGAACAGAAGCAAAAACAAAUUGAGGAGAGAGCAAAACGUAGGAUAGAGAAAGCUUCUCUCUUGCCGGAUGAGCCAGAUGCUAGCAGCCCGGAUGCUGUUAAGAUUCUUUUCAAACUUCCCAACGGCAGGCGACUAGAACGGAGCUUCCUGAAGACUUGCUCAUUAGAGGUCCUGUAUGAUUAUGUAUUUGUCCAAGAUGAAGUGCCAGACGAGUUCCAGCUCCAAACGAACUACCCUCGCCGGGUACUCCAAUGUUUACCCACCGAGGAAAAUGAAAUGGUGCCCUCUAUAGGCGAUGCAGGUUUGAACCAGCGUGAAAUGUUAUAUGUUCAGGAUAUAAGUGAUUAAAACAGCUUGGGGUGUGAUAUGCCGGAACAAGCUGUCUUGGAAGAUCAUUGUGAGAACCGACCUCCAAGCGUCACAUGGAGCCAGGAGAGGUACUAAGCAAGGAUAUCAAAGCCAACAAUGUUGCCUGUUUUUAUCUCCAAAUUUGCCGACUGUCACCGUGAAAUGCAUUAAUUUACAGUUGUAGCUGAUGAGUGGAGGCUGCUUUGACCUCCGGAGUAUUGCAACUUAGUACCAGUGGCAUAUUAAAAGCAGGGAUACAAGGAAUACGCCCCCCUCCCCCGAUGCUAUAAUCCAUUAUGCAAGGAUAUUGAUAUAGAUGAAUCUAGGAAAAUAGCAAUCUGCACUCCCCAUUUUUUUUCUUCAAAAUACUGGUACCGCUGGCACUGUCAGUACCAUGUACUUUUUCUGCAUCAAGGCGAGUAUAAGCCGUUUAGUGAUCAUUGCAGAGUGCCAAAUUUUGAGCGCUCAUACAUGAAUGAAAGGGGUG